AUAUGAUCAUGAGCGAAUCGGAAUCAGUCGCGCCACCCUGACCGCAACGCGGAUGCUGGGCCGCUCCGAUCGAGUCCUCCUGAUUGGCAGCGGUAGUCGGCACCGCUUCAUUAUGAUCACCUUCUCUCGGAUCAGGUCUAGCUAUUUCUAUUGAGCGUCGUCAGUCCGUGUCUGCUCCUCAUCUGGCAAUUCCUCGUUUGAAACUCUCGUGAAUUCUCACGAUGCAGAGCAGCAGCAUCGGAAAGGUUGCCCCUGCGGAACUGGGGGACACUGCCGCGGCACCGCCACUAGAGCCUGGACCGGUGCUCUUGACUUCUAUGGAUGACAGCCCCCCCGGGCAAGGCAUGUGUGCUACUUCUUCAUCUUCCAGUAGUCGCAGCAAGUCACAUUCUUCUGUGAUCGAGACUCUGCGAGGGGCCACUGGUUGCCCACGCGAUGCGGAAGUCUCGAAAGCCGACACCUCCGAAAAAAGUGUCAACAUCACGGUUGAUCAACACCAGUCCGCAAAAAUCGGCAUUUCGCAGGGAGUUUCGCCUAGCGAGGACGCAGGUAGAGUUACGAGCCCUGCAAAAGAACAAGCAGCAUCAGUUACAACGGAGCCAAAAGAAAGCAUUGGUCGCAAACACGCAAGGAGACUGGCACUGAUCAUUACGGAUCGCGAAACGGUAGACUUGGAGUUACAGCGCAUUCGCGAACUACAAGAAGCGGGCGGUACGGCCUACGCGAAAUUCGUCGACAAGCUCACAUUCUUCGGGGCGGUCAUUUUCAUCCUCACAUUUGUCUUCCUGCUGUUCGGAGACCACAAGUGGCUUUUUCUCUACCUCCACACGAUCACCUUUUGCGGGCUCUAUCUGUACCGCUGGUGGACAUACAGAAAGUUCAGGUGUGGAAGAGACGCUCACUUUGUUUAGAUGGUGAAACUUGUUGUAUUCUUAUUCGUUUGAGUUCUUGUCUUAUUGGAAUAACUUUUUUCCGGAGAAGCUGCAGCGCGCCGAGAGUAUACGUAAAGAAUAAAUGUUUGAAAAAACUAUGACCAGGUAUCAGUUUUUUCUGCUGGACAUGUGUUACUUCGGCAACUUUGUACUCUUGGUUUACGUCUGGAUUCUCCCUGGCGUUCCCGAGUUGUUUACCAUCUCCUUCGCCAUGGCGACGGGCCCGCUGGCCACCGCGGUCUUUCUCUUCCGCAACAGUUUGGUUUUUCAUUCGAUAGACAAACUGACUUCCUGCUUCGUUCACGUCGCGCCUUUCUUCGCCUGCCUAUUGAUCCGGCACUACCCUCUGCAGUUGGAGUACGGACCCUCAUUGCAGCCGGGCGCGAAGGGAUUUUUUACCACGGAGUACGGGUGCCAUUCGUCGGAGUCUGCAUUUGUGGUCCGCAGUUCCGAUCCGACUUCUGCAGAAAAUAAAGCGGGCACCAGUGCCGGUGGAGAUAUUUUCCGUGGCACGCAAUUUCGAUUCGCGGUGCCGGAAAAAUUGACGAUAGGCACCGUGUUGCUCUGGCCGUCGCUAUACUACCUCGGCCACCUCGCUUUCUACGUCGUUACCAUCACGCUCUUUCUUCCUGCCGAUCCCAGCUAUCUCACACUCUACAGGUAAAGAUAUUUGUUCUACGCCUUUAGAUUUUUGCCAGGACGCACUGCCCUACUAGAUUAGGUUUUUCAGAGUGGCUCUUUCCCGCUCUCAUCACGUUGACUGUUACGAAAGAGGCGCGAUUCAUCGGGACACUCGGCUGUACCACCGUCUUCAAUUUCAGGUACGUCAUGUCUACUCCGAAGAAGCGACAACCCUGGGCGAUGUUCCCCGGAGGGGACCGGUGGCUAUGGUUUUGGUACGGCCUGAUCCACUUUCUGUGCUCCGUGCUCGCGUUUGCACCAGCUCUGCUCUGGUAUUACAGUGCGGAAAGUAUGCUGCUACUCGGCCUUUUUCUCAUAGCAAUCACAGCCUGGAACGGGGCUAAUUUUUACAUUGAAGUCUUCCAGCGCGAUCCGUCCAAGCCGAAGAGGCAGUCGCGGUAGGUCUCUUCUCUCUACAGGAGCGUCUGCGUUCUGAUCGCACAAGCGUCGACACUAAAAAGCGUACUUAGGCGUUCAUUCUGUAAUUCUAAUUUAUGCGAAAACUUUCUGCUGGAUCGGCCGCAUGUUCAUGUUUCUUCCAAGUGAAAGCUAGAACAAUGUUUUUAGAAUGACGUCGUAAUAAAAAGAUGAAACAAGCUCAAGCUGUUCGCGACACGCAAAGUGUAGAAGUCGAGUACCUCUCAAAACAAUCGUUUGUAAAAAACGCAACGCUGUUGACUUUGGUUUUUGAGAUGAAGCGCACUUCAUGCAGAAGAUGCAGACUUUUUGCAGAAGAUGAGGACUUUUUGCAGCAGAAAAGCUGAAAAUCGAAUCAAGAACAUCAAGGAACGAACUUGUGUCAAAAAGAAAGAUCAAAUCGAGCCGAAACCUGAC